CUACUCGGUGUAUUUCUAUGCUCGGCGCUGUGUUUGAGUCCUCGGGGGUCAGUUAGCUUCCUGCUAGCAGUUAGCUUCCUGCUAGCAGUUAGCUUGCUGCUAGCAGUUAGCUUGCUGCUAGCUCCGCGAUGGAAGAUGUUCCCGGUUCUUGCUCGUCCGUGUCUUCGGAGGAAACCGGGCCAGAAACCGGCGACAGCUCCCCGGCGGAGGACGGGCUAGUGGACGGGCUAGUGGACGCGUUCGGCGGCCUGGCGGCGCUCCCGGUGGAGGUUGUUGAGAGAAGACCCACGUGUUUACGGUGCCGUCGCCCUCAGAAGGUGUGUCUCUGUCCCUUUCUCCCGCCGCGACCCCUGGAGGUGUCCACCUGUCUGUACGUGGUGCAGCACCCCGCAGAGGAGAGCAGAGUUCUCCGGACGGUUCCUCUCCUCGCUGCCUGUCUGCCUCCGGGGAAAUGCACCGUGAUCGUGGGACGCAGAUUCAGCGAGGAGAAGUACCCGGAGCUGGCGGCGGUCUGUCGGGACAGCAGGACGCUGAUUCUGUAUCCGGGUCCUAAGUCCCAGAACCUGGAGGAGCUGGUUCAGAACCAGAACCUGGAGGAGCGGGUUCAGCAGCAGGACCUGGAGGAGCUGGUUCAGCACCAGAACCAGGACCUGGAGGAGCUGGUUCAGCACCAGAACCAGAACCUGGAGGAGCGGGUUCAGCACCAGGACCUGGAGGAGCUGGUUCAGCACCAGAACCAGAACCUGGAGGAGCGGGUUCAGCACCAGGACCUGGAGGAGCUGGUUCAGCACCAGAACCUGGAGGAGCGGGUUCAGCACCAGGACCUGGAGGAGCGGGUUCAGCACCAGAACCUGGAGGAGCUGGUUCAGCACCAGGACCUGGAGGAGCUGGUUCAGCACCAGGACCUGGAGGAGCGGGUUCAGCACCAGAACCAGAACCUGGAGGAGCUGGUUCAGCAGCAGGACCUGGAGGAGCUGGUUCAGCACCAGAACCAGGACGUCAGACCAGCCAAACAUAACGUGAUCAUCAUAGACGGCACGUGGAGCCAGGCCAAGAACAUGUUCCUCAAAAACAGCCUGUUCCACCUGCCCAAACAGGUGCAGCUGAACAGAAGUCUCUCCAGUCAGUACGUGAUCAGGACUCAACCCUCCAACAUCUGCCUCUCCACGCUGGAGUGUGCUGCUGUCGCCCUCUCCAUCCUGGAGCGCAACGACCACAUCCAGGAGGUCCUGCUGAGGCCCCUGAAGGCGCUCUGCUCCUUCCAGCUGCAGCACGGCGCUCAGAUCCACCACAGUAAGGAACAUCUGCUGAAGAACGGCAUGUACGACAAACCCAUGCCCAAAAACAAACGCAAGAUCAAGAGGAUGGAGAAGCUGGUGACGGACCACAGCGUCUGCCCCAGAUGAGCCUCGUCUUAUUAUUAUUAUUAUUAUUAUUAUUAUUUAUACGCUGCUCAGGACUGGUUCUCCUCCAGAAACCACUGGACUCCUUUACUUUGUUUCUUAGGUUUGUUUCUGGUUCAUAUAAUUUAUGUAUUUGUCAUUAAUUUAAAAAGAAAAUACGACAAAUUAAAUUUGUAGUUUAAAUGUCAUGAUGUGACAAUAAAUCAGGUUUUGUUGUUUUAAAAACUGUUUAUUUGUUCCUCGGUGCAUUUUAUAAACAAACUGUGGUUCUGUUGUGAUUCUAUUGACACAUCUGUAAGGGCUGAUGUUUUUUAAUUUUAUUUUAAGCAAUAUGUUCAUUCAGAUAUAUUAAAAAAUGAAAAAUACCUCUAAAA